AAAAACUCCGAGAUAACAUUAUACUGCUGAACUACGAGCACGAAAGAUUAAGUAGAAGAACUUGAUCAUAUUAAAGAUGCUGUAAAGGAAUGGAAAUCGCCUGUGGAGGUUGGUGGUGCAGUGUUCUACCCAAAACAGAGCACGUAGAGUGGUGUUUAAACCAGCCCAUGAUGAUUUUCUUCCACCACAGAAGCUGCUGAAUUGAUCUAUCUAUCUAACUACUGUAUUCGGGCACUGCAGGUGCCUCUCUGUACACUAGCAGGCGAGCUACUGCUGCUGCUGCUGUUACUGUUACUGAUCCACACCGGUCCACGCUGCUGCUUGGCCAAGACCCCCGAGACCCUCCCUCCCAGCUACCGCGAGCAGCCGUGUGACCACCGCAGCAGAGGGAAGACAGGAACAGGCAGAAACUUCUUGAGUAACCCGCUCUUUCUGACCCACCGGGCUGCUGAAGGAGGGCAUGAAACCCUCUGCAGUUCCUCUCCCGCCUUCUGAGAGCCGUUCGUUCAGAGCCAGCCGAGGAGGGCAGGAGCAGCAGGAGCCGCCGCAGCCACAGCAGCUCAUAAUGCGGGGAUAAUAAUACAGAGCCUGAGCUCCGAUAUGAAUCAGUAACCUUCCUAUCUUCUGGACUGCACUCUUUCACAACCUAUUUCGCCCGUUUCUGACCCUUUUUGUGGAUAUUUUACACUGAAACUCCUGUUUUUUUGUUGUUUUUCUGGCUGUUUUCACUCCUUUGGGUUACGAGGACGACGCUUAGUGUUGUUUAGCUACGUUUGAGCUAAAAAUGACGUCUCCUGCGAAAUUUCGGAAAGACAAGGAGAUUAUAGCCGAAUAUGAAACGCAAGUCAAAGAAAUCCGGGCUCAGCUGGUGGAGCAGCUCAAAUGUCUUGACCAGCAGUGUGAGCUCCGUGUGCAGCUCCUCCAGGACCUGCAGGACUUCUUCCGCAAGAAGGCCGAGAUCGAGAUGGACUACUCCCGCAACCUGGAGAAGCUGGCCGAGAGGUUCCUGACCAAGACACGUAGCACCAAGGACCACCAGUUCAAGAAAGAGCAGAACAUACUGUCUCCCGUCAACUGCUGGAACUUGCUGCUGACUCAGGUGAAGCGGGAGAGUCGUGAUCAUGCCACCCUCAGCGACCUCUACCUCAACAACAUCAUCCCGCGCUUUGCCCAAAUCAGCGAGGACUCUGGACGUCUCUUCAAGAAGAGUAAAGAGGUGGGACUUCAGCUGCAGGAGGAUUUGAUGAAGGUCCUCAACGAGCUGUACACGGUGAUGAAGACGUAUCACAUGUACAACACGGACAGCAUCAAUGCUGAGAGCAAGCUGAAGGAGGCAGAGAAGCAGGAGGAGAAGCAGAUGGGACGCAGUGCCCGACAGGAGGACCGGCAGACCCCUCGCUCGCCAGACUCUCUCACCAGCAUUCGGCUCGACGACAAGCCCGUCCGCCGCAGCUCCGUCAAGAAGAUCGAGAAGAUGAAGGAGAAGCGCCAAGCCAAAUACACUGAGAACAGGCUGAAAGCCAUCAAGGCCAGGAACGAGUACCUGCUGGCUCUGGAGGCCACCAACUGCUGCGUGUUCAAGUACUACAUCCACGACCUCUCCGACCUCAUAGACUGCUGUGACCUUGGUUACCACGCCAGCUUGAACCGAGCGCUGCGUACCUACCUCUCAGCCGAGUUUAACGUGGAGACGUCGAAGCACGGCGGACUGGAGACCAUCGAGAACGCGGCCGAGAACCUGGAGGCCAACACUGACAAACAGAGGCUGAUGGAGACAUACAACAACAUCUUCUGCCCACCCAUGCGCUUUGACUUCCAGUCUCAUAUGGGGGAUCAGAUGGGCUACAUGUGUGCUCAGGUGCCGCUGCAGAGCGAGCUUCUCCAGAGGUGCCAGCAGCUCCAGUCUCGUCUGUCCACACUCACCAUAGAGAACGAGGAGGUGAAGAAGACCAUGGAGGCCACUCUGCAGACCAUCCAGGACAUGGUGACCAUUGAGGACUUUGAUGUAACAGACUGCUUCCACCACAGCAACUCCAUGGAGUCGGUCAAGUCCACCAUGUCCGAGUCGUUCAUGAGCAAACCCAGCCUGGCCAAGAGACGUGCCAACCAGCAGGAGACCGAGCAGUUCUACUUCACUAAAUUGAAGGAGUUCCUGGAGGGCAGAAAUCUCAUCACCAAACUGCAAGCCAAGCAAGAUCUGAUCGAGAAGACCCUGGGAGAAAGUCAGAAGACAGACUGUUGUCUUGCCAGUGGACGGAACUCGACUGUGCGGAAACAGGAGUCCAGCCAAGUCAUUCCACUGAUGGUGGAGAGCUGUAUUCGCUUCAUCAGCCGACACGGGUUGCAUCAUGAGGGUAUCUUCAGAGUGUCUGGCUCACAGGUGGAGGUCAAUGACAUUAAGAAUGCCUUUGAAAGAGGUGAGGACCCUCUGGCUGGAGACCAAAACGAUCAUGACAUGGAUUCCAUCGCCGGCGUCCUCAAGCUCUAUUUCAGAGGCCUGGAGCACGCCCUCUUCCCGAAGGAAGUCUUCCAUGACCUCAUGUCCUGUGUCUCCAUGGAGAACCUCCAAGAGAGAGCCACUCACAUCCACAAGGUCCUGCUGACUCUGCCCACCAACACACUGGUCGUCAUGAGAUACCUGUUUGCUUUCCUCAACCAUCUUUCCCAAUACAGUGAGGACAACAUGAUGGACCCCUAUAACCUGGCCAUCUGCUUCGGCCCUACGCUCAUGUCGGUCCCCGAGGGCCAUGACCAGGUGUCCUGCCAGGCCCACGUGAACGAGCUGAUCAAAACCAUCAUCAUUCACCACGAGAGCAUCUUCCCCGGACCCCGCGAGCUGGAGGGCCCCAUCUAUGAGCAUGGAGGAGCCCCUGAGGAAUACAGUGAUAGUCCACACAUCGAGCCCCCCCUAGUGGACGCGCCUGCCCCUGACACUGUCUCAGAGAUCCACAACAGUGAUGAUGGCUCCUUGAACGUUUCAGAGUCCGACCCCAUCGAGGCCAUCGCACGCUUUGACUACUCAGGCCGCACCAAUCGCGAGCUGUCUUUUAAGAAGGGCGCCUCCCUGCUGCUGUACCACCGCGCCUCCGACGACUGGUGGGAGGGUCGGCACAACGGAGCUGAAGGCCUGGUGCCGCACCAGUACAUAGUGGUUCAGGACACGGCGGAUGGUUACACGGGCCGAGGCAGCCCCAAAGCUGACCUGGAUGCGUCCCACGAGACCCUGGAGGAGAAAGUGUCCACUAGAGGCAGCGCCAGCUCUCCCACUGGAGGACACGUAGCAGACAUCUACCUGGCCAACCUCAACAAGAUGAGAAAGCGCCCGGAAGCGACUGGUAUCCGCAGAACGUUCCGACCAGUGGAGCCCCCAGGAGAUGGUUCAGUUGGAGCUGUGGGGGGUCUGAGGGCCACCUCCUUGCCUGCGGGAGGGCUUCCCAAAGAAGGCUCGGACAAGCGGCCGGUGAGCGCCCACAGCGUCAUCAACUCCAUCACCCGCCACUCCUCUCUGAAGACCAAGGUGGAGAGCCCCCAGUUCCGCAAGGCAGCUCCUGCUGGCCGUUCCAAGAGCUUCAGCAACCACCGGCCGCUGGACCCUGAGGUCUUCACCCAGGUGGAGCACAGCUCACAGGACAUCGAGGCGACCAUGAGCACGGCUCUCAGUGAGCUGCAGGCUCUGGAGAGGCAGAGCAGCGUGAAGCACGCUCCCGACGUGGUCCUGGACACUCUGGAGCAGCUGAAGAGCGGCGGAGCGUCCGAGCCGUCCAGCCCGCUGCACUCACGACUGCUGCGAGAGGCCGACUCGCCCCAGCACCCCCUGCAGAGGAGCUCCAGCUCGGCCAGCGAUGUGCCAUCCACCUUCAGGCCCGGCAAGAGCCCCGCCUCCAAGAGCCCGCUGCCCUUGGCCUCUGGCGGCUCAGGCUUAUCCUCCUCCACCUCCACCUUCCGAGACAACAGGCCACCAGCCACCAGGCCCAAACCCGUGGUGUUCCCGAAGAGCGGCUCGGGCGGGGGCAGCCCUGCCAUGGGCUCCCCUACAACCACCAUUCCUCCGACCCCUCCACCUCCUCCACCACCUACCGAUAAGUCCUGCCCGGCUUGAGCUUAGGCCUGGGAACGUAACAUGUAACACGUAACACGUAACAUGACGGGCUUUGCCAAAAAUUAAAAACAUUUAAAAUAAAUGAAAAAAAGAAUAAAUAAAUAAGUAAAUAAAGGUCCUCCAUUGGGUUCUCGCUCUACCAGCCCUUGUUUUAAGAAGAUGGUGAUGAUAAUUCCAUGAUUUAAUGAUAUCAUGAUUCCGUAAUUCCGUAAGCGCCCAAUGGAAGGCUUUAUUACUGGUUCUAACUGUUUCUACUGGACGGAUUCAUUUAUUUUACCUGACAGACUCACACUGAUAGAUAGGGAGUGUAUUAAGUGUGUAAGUGCGAGUGUGUGGGAGUGUGUGAGUGCACAUAUAUAAAAGCCUGGAGUGAAUUUUUUUUUCAGCACUGUUGAAGCCCAAGAAACGAAUUCCGGCUGGGAUCCCCUUUGUAUUCUUGGUUUGAUGAUUUUUUUUCCUUUCAGCAGGGACUGAUGUUUUUUAUUGUUUUUUAUUUUUUUUUAUAUUAUUAUUAAUGGGGAGUGGAUCGGAUUGCUUUGAAAAAAAAAAAAACAAUAGCUGUGAAUAACAACUCUCUCUCUCUUUCUACUUUACUCUUAUCUACUCAAGGACAUCCUCUCUCAAUCUCUCUCUUUCCCUUUAUUUCUCUAUCUAUCUAUCUUAUCUAUCUCUCUCUCAGGAGAGCUGGACUGUUUAAGUAUGUAAUUGAAGGAAGCCGUGAACUUUAGCCCGGGUCACUCCAUGAAUAUAUGAAACCCCAUAGGAUUGCAGUGGAAGAGUUGAACCCAUGUAUAUUGCAGUACAUGCAGCUUCUUGAUAAAGCAUAGUGUUAAUAUUGUGUCCACGUUGUCCUCGAUUCAAGGAAUACGGACUUCUGUACCUUGUGUGGUUUUGAAAAGCUCUUAACCGCAUCUCUCAGUACUGUCAGGAAAAAAAAUACCCUCAAAUAUCUUCUCCAUAGGAAUGCCAGUGUAGCUACAGCAAUGCUAUUGACUUACUUAACCACGCUACACAGUGUAUUUUCUUGGUCACUACUCACUAAUUUGUACAGCAAAGUGCAGAGAAAGCUCCUGUAUAACCCUAAAUAAGAGAAAAACUGAGAACGUAUGGAAAAUCCAACAAAAAAUGUCUAUUUUAUUUGAUUACAGAUAAGUGUUUGUCUGGUCAAACUCAUUUCAUUUGUUUAUACACAUCCAUUCCUGCAUUUCUGGUCUGUAUCUCUUUUCAGAAAAGUUGUUUAGGGCUCGGAGGAAUCUAGUAUAGACCAUCACACUAUGGGUUUUGGAAGGGAUGGAUGACAGGCCAGAGACAAUAAGUCAGUAGUAAGCCUGGGUCUGUAAUGGUCAUGGGUUGUGACAGUACAUUACUGUAAAGCUUAUUACAUAGGAAAGUAUAUUAUUCAGUAACUACAGGGACUUUUUUAUUUGACUAUUCUUCAGCCCUGUUAAAGGUUCAGUUAAUGCAGGAAAGUCAACUUGCCUUCAAGACAACAUGUUGACCAGACAAUACAUUAGAAAUAGCUUUGGUUAAUACUGUCUGUAAUCAAAUAAAGGGAUAUUUCUAUGUUGGGGUUGUACUUGUACUAAUGCAGUUUGUGCUCAAAGCAAAUUACCUUCUUCAGUCUUCAAUUCAGGACAGAUCAGGAACCCACUGUUUUUUUUUUUUACUGUACAGGAAACCCUGCCACAAGUCAACUUGCCUGGCCGAGAAAAGCUAUGCUGGCUCUCUUACAUACGCUUUUCACGCUUUUACAGCACACUCAAGCACUUCGCAAAAGCCCGUUAACCCUUGUCUUCUUCAGUUGUCAUUUAAGAAACGAAGGAAGACAGCAGGAGGGUCUCUCUCUCUCUCUUUUUGUGAACAUGAAAUAACCGUAUUUGUAACUGGAAACAAAAGUGAGGAAUAUCUUGUGAAUCUUGCAACCCAUUUGAUUAACAGUUUCAAAACUAAAGCACCGAGUGGUUUAGUUUUUAAACGACGUGCCCGGACUUAUUUACUCAACUCUAGCGGGUCUCUUUUUUCGGCCUUUUUUCGAAAAGCGUAUCACGGUAACUGUGUAUCUGUAAGUACGUUUGUAUGUAACUAUGUAUGUAUAUGUAUGUACAGUCUCAACAGCCUAAAUGAGCUUAAUAAGUCAGGCAGGGAAAAUAUAUCAAUAUUGUCUUCUCAAUUGCAUGCAAACAACACCAUGUUUCCCAUGAUAUCUGUAGAAAACUGAGAGAUUCAUAAUAAUUCAUUCAUUGGCCACUUUAAUGGAAACCCCUGCCUCGUACACUGACAUGGCAAAAGUCAUUGACCAUGAAGUGUGUGACCUAUGGAAUGAUAAGCUCUUGGGAACUCCGUAUGUAAGUGGUGAGGUGAUAUCUUUUGACAGAGGCGUCCGAGCAAAUCCUGAUAGUGAGUGACUGAUGGAUCAGACAUUCCAUUUCCGAAGUUCCAAAGCAGGUGUCCAACAUUCCAUUCCAUGCUAAAAUUAUCACCCACAGUGGACAGUGCAGUGAAUACAAUACAAUGGGAAUGAUUGUGACCGACGACAUCUGGCUAGAAUUAUCUGUGUAUCCACAUUCGAUGCAGGAGACCAAACACAUAAACACACAUCACAAAAACAGGUCAGUGCAGUGGGGUUUUUUUUGGCUUUCAUGGGACAUGGCAAAAGUCAUGAGACAGGAACUCGCACAGUGCUAUGUCCACUAGAAGCUAAUGUGGCUUGUCAGUAUAGAUGUGCUGGGAAUGGUCCAAAAGUGGUGCACCAUUGGUCCAAAAGUAGCAGACAACAGCUACCAAGAUUCUGUUAGCAGUUGCACACCAAGGUAGUGGAUCUAAAAGGUUCUCAUAGAUUCUCUUAAGUGGGUCUCAUAAGUGUUUACUCGUGGAUGCUCUGGAUGGAGACCUGAAUGGUCCAGAUUGGAGACUCAAAGGCAAUAAUACCCAACAACUGACUGUUCUACUUCACCUGCAUGUUCUGCAGCAAAACCAUCACCCCCAUUGUCUUCCACAGUGGGUUCCUUCCCAGUUCUUCAGCCUACUUCCUCUUCCAUCGUACCAGACAGAGAAAUGCCAUGGAGUGGAGCCGACUCCAGUUACACCAAUAUCUGACAAUCAACACACUCACUUUUGUUGUCUUGUCAAAAAGUCCUUCCUCAAGCUGAGCCUCCUUCUCGUUCUGUACUGUUCUGUACUGUCCACUUAUUUAUGCCUUCUAAGGGAUUUAGGAGUUUAUCAUAUGUUUAUUUUUCAGAGAGGCCUUAAUAAGGAAGAGCAUGGUUGGUGGAAAUUGCACGUCUCUGCCUUCGCGUGGUGGACGAGAGCGAAAAUAACCCGGGGUGUGUCUAGGUCAGGGGAAGGAAAUCGAGAGCUGGCUGGCCAUGAAGGUUCAUUAUUAGAAGACGAUUUAGUGGCAUUGGGUAAUGGGUUGUGGUGAUGAACACUGGGAAAUUUGUUGGUGCCCAAAAUAAGGCUGCAUUAACACAGCAGAUGAAAGUGGUGCAAUCUGUUUUUCUUAAGAAAAAAUGUAAUCAAAUCAAAGAUUUAUUUGAUUUAUUUUAACUUUUUAACGUGAUCCAUAUACGACAUUUAUGCUCCUAAACUGGCGCUCCUGUGCUAAAGAGCAAUGCUUCACAAGAAGUUUUGGUUUUACUCAAAGUUCCAGUGGCUAAAACAGUGGCUGACAGACACUGUGUUAAGCUUGCACGUAAAAAAGGCACAUUAUUCGGCCACGCCCACUUUUUUGGUUUGCGUCUUUGUUUUCUUUAAACUUUUAUUUGUUCUAUGUAACUUUGUAGCUGUAGCACCCUCCUGUGGCCAGCUGUUUUCAGUCAUUUCAUUAUAAACAUGGAGCAGGAGCAGUUAGGUUCCUCUUACUUUGCUUUCCUUUUCCAGCCACUGGAACCCUUCUUUACUGCGGUCAUCCAUUUUCUCUGUUCUUCUCUACCUUUUUUCGUUUAGUUUGAAUUAGUCUGAACAUCAAGACCAAAAUUCAUGAUAAUACUGAGUUGCAUUUCCGCAAAUGGGAUAUGUUUUGGUUAUUCAAUAACGCAAUAGUGAAGCAGCACAUUUAUGCCACAUACAACAAAAAAUAUUGAAUUUGGGUCACUGUUACAUGUUGUGUAAAAAACAGAAAAUAAUGCUACCUUUACAUAGCAGGCACAUGUGACCCAAAUUUGAUUUUCACACCAAAUAUGAGAUGUUUAUUUUAGGCUGUUUACACCAUCUUUAUAUCCAACAUUAAUCUAACCAGUUCAUGCUUCUAAACUUUGACGCUCACGUACUAAAAAGCAAUGAUUGCUACACAUGAAGUUUGGGUUUCAUUUUCUCCACCAUUACAGGAGCUAUAAAGACGUUCCAGUGGCUGAAGCUGGGCUUAUCACGUUAUUUGACCACACCCACUUCUUUUGGUCACUGCUGUUGUCAAUUUUCCCUUAUACUCACACCUUUUUUUUUCUGUAUAUUCAGAUUUCAAUUCUGAUCUGCCUUUUCAGACUGAGCUGUAUUUCCACAAAUAGGUUAUGUAUUGGAUUUUAGUACCACAUGUAAAAGUGGUCCAAAUUGGAACUGAAAAUGUAUGUCACAUCUGUGUCGGAUAUGACUAAACAAAUUGGAUUUGGGACACAUUUGCCUGCUGUGUAAACGUAGCCUAAAAGUUAAAUAUGUGGCCCAAAAGUGUCCCAAAUCUGAUUUACUUACCAGAUAUAGUUAGGUUUAUGUUAGCCUGUUUACACUUUUCAUUCAAAAAUGAUGCGCAUUUAUGGGAAAAAAAUAUAAGAUUUUUUCUAUUUUGCUCCCCUUUUUACCUGCUGUGUGAACGCGGCCCCCCAAAAAAAAGACCAGAAAAGAACUUGAGCAGCUUGUCUUAUUUUAUUGUUUUCUGUGGGGGGGGGGGUUUAUCUGUGAGGAAAAUAAUUGUUUUAUUGCUACUUUUCAUGAAAUCUUCAAUGUGAUGUGUUGCAAUUCUGGCUGUUCUCUAAUGUCUUAACAGGUGGUUGUUUUUUUUUAUUCCGAUCAGAAGUUUUUGCGUUGUUCCUAAUACCUCAUAAGGCGACUGGAAACUUUUGGAGUUUGGAGCUGUGUUGGGGAGAUGUUUGUUCUUUGUUCUGUUUUUUUUUUUUUUCUUUCUUUAAAGGCAUUAAUUAACAGGCAUAAUGAGGUGUGAUUAACUCAUGGACUCAUGGAAAGUGCUCGGUGGUGUUCUGUUUUAACGUGUGAAGUCCUUAUUACCACACUGUUGGCCGAAGCCUCAGUUUACACGUAAUCUUUUUUUUUUCUUCUGUCUGUAAUUUUAAAAUCAAUCAUUAUUAUGCACUUGAAUCUGCAUUGUAUGUUUGUGAACAGAUUGAGUGAGGAAUUGAUUUUUUUUUAUAAUCAUAACUAUUGUUAAAUAUGUAUUUCCUGUCCAUUUUAAACAAAACAAGACUGUAAAAUGAAUUGUCUUGUCGGAUAUAUUUAUAGUUGUCCACUCGAGUGUCUGUUAUUGGAGGAGCCUGUGUUCAGAUGUACUUUGUAUAUACAAUGGUGUACAUUACAGAGGUACAUUCUUUUUUCUUUGUUAUUUUUUUUGUUCUUUAUUUGGGGUGGGGGGUGGAGGGGGUACAAGAUUGUACAGUAAUAGCAAUAGUAGUUUACUCUCAGAUACGCCGUAUAUAAUUCCAUGUGUAGUUCUUUUUUAAUAAACCGCUUGCUAUACA